AAAUGUAUUGUCUUUUUUUUUUUCUUUUUCUUAUCUAGAAUUGUCAAAUGUGUACGUACCAUAAGAACUUUCUUAUUAUUUCAAUGGAGACAUUCAAGAAUGCCAAGCCACCUACUAUAUAUCCUAAAGUUCAUCAAUGAUAGGGCAAUUGAAUCCGACAAGAAGACACUCAUUCCCAGGAAUCUAAGAAAUUUCUUCGCUCCAUCGUUUUAUAGAUAGCAUUCUUAACUGUUUUUUUCACGCAACCAACCACUGUGCUUGUCGUUAGCGUUCUUUGAGGUUUCUGUCUAUAAAUGGCUACAACACACCACUCUGUUUCCCACUGUGGAUUUAGGCACUGUGAGAGUUUUGGUGGUUUCUUAUUCAACUUCUAUUAAAGAUCAAAGAAACCCAGAAAUGGAUGACCGUGAUGAUUAUGAUGAUGCAUAUGCAAAGCUUGUAAGGAGAAUGAACUCUCCAAGAGUUGUGAUUGAAAAUGAUGCUUGUGAGCAUGCCACAGUCAUUCAGGUGGAUACUGUCUACAGGCAAGGUACUCUACUUGAAGUUGUUCAAGUUCUCACAGACCUAAACCUUGUAAUAACAAAAGCAUACAUGUCUUCUGAUGGAGGGUGGUUCAUGAAUGUGUUUCAUGUGACUGAUGAUGAUGGAAACAAAAUCAGAGAUGAAGGCAUCCUCAACUGCAUAGAGAAGGCUCUUGAGACUGAUGCAUAUAUGGCUAAAUCAAUGGGGAAGAUGCUUCUUUCUAAAGAGCAUACUUUAAUUGAGCUGACCGGCACGGACCGGCCUGGUUUGCUGUCAGAAGUAUGUGCAGUGCUGACUGACCUGAGUUGCAAUGUCGUCAAUGCGGAGGUUUGGGCACACAAUGCUAGAGCAGCAGCAGUCAUACACAUUACAGACCAGUCAACUGGAACUGCAAUUGAAGACCCAAGGCAGCUUUCCCUGAUAAAGGAACUUCUUUAUAAUGUCCUAAAGGGUCUAGGCGAUUAUAGGACGCCAACAGUGUCCAUUUCUUCUCCUGGGGAAAUACAUAUAGGGAGAAGGUUGCACCAGAUGAUGUUUGCUGCCAGGGAUUUUGAAAGGCCUGUCAGUGUGGAUGACAUUAGGGUGAGGCCAUACGUAACAGUAUCUGACUGUCCCGAUAGAAACUACACUGUUGUUACAGCGAGGUCCGUCGACCGGCCAAAGCUAUUGUUCGACACCGUGUGCACUCUAACUGACAUGCAAUAUCUGGUGUUCCAUGGCACAGCAGUACUCAUUACUGACAGCGACGAAGCUUAUCAGGAAUACUAUAUCAGACAUGCCGAUGGACUCCCUAUGAGCUCAGAAGCUGAGCGACAACGUGUCAUGGAGUGUAUUCAGGCAGCCAUUGAAAGGCGAGCAUCAGAGGGACUACAACUUGAGCUGUUCACAGAUGAUCAUUUUGGACUUCUCUCAGAUAUUACAAGGAUACUUCGUGAGAACGGUUUAUGCCCCAAAAGGGCUAAAAUUUCGACAAAGAAUGGGAAAGCAAGACAUAAUUUUAUUGUCACAGAUGUGUCUGGCAACCCUGUUGAACCUAAAACUAUCUAUUUGAUCCGGCAGCAAAUGGGACAAACCGUGAUACAGGUGAAAGGGAAUUUAAGCAUGUCUCCGAAAUUUCCCCAGGAGACACCAAGAAGUUUCCUUUUUGGGAGCUUUUUCAAAUGCCCAAGUUUCCAAAAUUCUAGACUCAUCAAAUCCCUUUCAUGAUAUGCGUUAGCAGACAUUGCAAAAUCGACAGAACAAGUUGUUCCAUUUCAGUGGGACCAUAAGUGACUUCAAGCACAUGCAUACAUCAAAAUGAACUUCAAAGCUGAUUGUUAGUUUACAUGGCUUGUGUACAGCUAUUGUACAGAUUGCAUUGGGUUUGUAUAGUGAUAGAAUGAUUGUAGAGAUGAAGAUCAUUAAUGAAAAGAGGCAAAUAUGUUUUAGCAA